CCCGCCUUUUCCGGUACUCUGACGGCCUGACCUUCCUGCUGCCGGUCCCGGCUGAAGCGACUCUGAAGCGACCCCGCGGCUCUGCCCGACACGUCCCGCUCGCGACACCAUGGUGGCGUACUGGCGGCAGGCUGGACUCAGCUACAUCCGCUUCUCCCAGAUCUGUGCGAAAGCAGUGAGGGAUGCCCUGAAGACCGAGUUCAAAGCUAACGCCGAGAAGACGUCCGGCAGCAGCAUAAAGAUCGUGAAGGUGAAGAAGGAGUAGCUGGCACUGGCUGAAGCCAGAACUGCUGAGUCGUCACGGUGAAGACGUGGGUACCUGCUAUGGCAGAUUGAAAUCACCCUCACCUCCUGGGCACAAAACUGCCCGUGUUGCUGAAUUGACUAUGCCAAUAAAAUGACAUGGUUCAUGUCUGCUGGA